CCUUCCUCCCUCCUCUCCGCUCAUGUGAAGCUGCCUGGCGCAGGAGGAUGCUGCUAGGUGCCUUUCACCGCACAAACCCAAUGUCCCUAUGCUGGGAAACAGGGAGCCAAGGCGUGGACGAUGAAAAAGAAAAGUAAACGGCUUCAAGGAAGGAUGUAGAGGCAGCUUCUGUAAAUAUGUAAUCGCGCGCAGGGGCAGCGAGUCGAGGACGGUAGCGGUGUGAAUUCGCAGCUUGCAGCAUGAUAUAUCUGUAGCGACCAUUAUUGCAAAAAUAUGGGCUCUCAAGUUGUGCAAACGCUACGCCAAGGAGUCUGGGCUUCACUGACCGGAGGAUGGUAUCAUGAUCCAGAGCAGAAUAAAUUCAACAAUUCAUGUCACCUGUAUUUAUGGAUGUUUUUGCUCAUGCUUCCAUUAUCUCUUCAUUUGGCUCUUCCACCCACCACUACUACCCUCAGUAUUUACUGCACCUCAGUGACAGUUUUCUUCAUUGUCAUUAAGAUGGUAAAUUAUCGCCUCCAUCUGAUGUUCGAUCAGGGCGACAUUGUAGCCCAGAAUAGUGUGCCUGACAUCAGCAAAGGUGUAGACAAGAAAAGCAACGGAUCUGAUUCCUGUCUUCCAUCUCUAAGGAAGAGCAGCACAGUUCCUGACAGUGUUGCCACAUCAGUAUUGAUCAAAAACAGACCAAGUCCAGUAAUACAAGUCACAGUGAAACAGACUGAAACAGACCCUGGACUGAUUGGAGAGGGUCCAAAAUCUGAGGAGCUGAAGAAUAUAGAGGGUCAGAGUGAUGAACGAUCUAGGCCAGAGGCAGAGGAGCGACUCACCCCUGAGGAUGUGUUCAGUCCCAACACUGACCAGUCUGCCCCCCUCCUGCAGGGGGAGCAGAUUCCUUCAGCCCACAGGGACAAAGCUGAAGAUGAUCAACCACCUUCCUCUGUGAAUGAAGAAGACAGUAUAGAGGAGAAAGACAAACCCCCAACCGACCCCAACAACAAUAAUACCUUUCUAGAAAUCACACGAGAAGCUGAUGAUGGAGAAACACCCGAGGAGAAUUAUUGCUCAGAUGAAAUUGCCGUGGUGCUGGUUGACAACUCGAGUCCCUCGGCCCAUCUGGACGAGAGUGAUACAGUGAAGAUCAUUAUCACAAUGAGCUGUGACCCACAGACAGCAGCCGAACUGGAGGAGUCCGUCAAACAGAGCAUCUUAGAGUCAGCUCAGUCCCAGCAGGGAGAAUCCGACUGUCCUGUCAAAAUUCCUGUCAUCACUUUCGAUUCGCCUCACGAAGUGGAGGAACCCUCUGCAGGUGAUGAAAAAGAAGAUAAACUGGUUGCAGGAGACAGCUCUGUUCAGGAGAAGUCCGAACAUCAAGACAGUCUUCUUGCCAAAGAGCCGAUCAGUUCUGACUCUGCUCAAGAAUGCAAAGAAAUAGAGAGCAAUGAGCUUGAGAUGCCCAACCUGAGCCCCCAAGUGACCAAUAACAGCUCUUCAGGCAUUGAUGUGAACUCCCACACUGAAAAAAACGACCCACCUGAGCUUAAAGUGGAUGCUGAUGGAUUCUUGCAGAUCCCCUCAGUGUAUAUGAGGUGCACUCAGAGUGGAAGGACACAUGCUAGGGGACUCAGUAUCGACAGUGGACGAGAUGCUGUCCUCAUUAGCCACAGAGCUAAAGAUAAGCUCGGUACAAUGACCUCCUCUAAAUCAGACCUAGAAGCCAAGGAGGGACAGAUACCCAAUGAGUCCAACUUUGUUGAGUUUGUGUCUUUGCUGGAGUCAAUCAAUAGCGCCAGAUUUGGGGGAGGAAAUGAGGCUGAGAAGGAGAAUGAAGAGAGAAAUGAGCAAUGUAUGAUGGCGGAGAAGAACUCGGAUGUGUCGGAAUCCACAGGACAACAACAAGAGCGUCCAAAUCCCCCAAAUAGUCUGGCUACAGACACAAUGAAAACCAUUCCAGAAACUCUCAUUCCUAUUGUCUCUCCAGAGAGUCCACAGACAGAUAAGGAGAGGGACCCUGAUUAUGAUUCUCUGCCCUCACAAACGUCCCAGUCAGAGAGCUCUAUGCUUCAGGUCAUCUGUAGACCGGAGGCUACAUCCAAAGAGGAGGCUUACACUUUUCACACUAUUCAUAGAGAGAGACCUCGGAAACUGUACAAUGAAAGAGCUCUAAACUUACCCCUUGGUGCCGAGCUCAUCACGGGCAACAUAUGUGAUCUCCUCUCCACAUCCUCUAACUCCGAGUGCCAGGAUGGGUUAGUGGGAGGUCCUUCUGAAUGCCCCUUCCAGCGACGUAUCCUUCCAACUCGCCGACUCCGGCCCAGGAGAACCCAUCCGGAAAUAUUCCAGGAGGAGGACUCCUUAGAUGAAUCAUCCGAGACAUCAACCCAAGAGAAACCCUCAAGAAAGCUGUACUACAAACUAAAGGUUUUUCCUGGGAAAUGGGUGAACAUAUUGUACGAUCGCUUAACCUUGAUGGCAUUGUUAGACAGGAACGAGGAUAUGACUGAAAACAUGGUGGCUGUAUUCUUAGCUUUCUUGGUGGCUUUUUUGGGGUUUGUGCUUCUAAAUGAGGGCUGCUUCAAAGACAUCUGGGUCUUUCAGUUCUGCCUGGUCAUUGCUAGCUGUCAGUAUUCCUUGCUGAAGAGUGUUCAGCCAGAUGCGGCUUCACCUACUCAUGUGAGUUUCCUAGAGAAGCAUUCAAGAAAAUGUCAUAUAGUUAUGUUUAACAGGAUGAAGAAUGCUGGCAUCACAAUAGUAACGUCAGAUGCCCUUCAGUACCUGCAAGACAUUUUAGUCGGGUUUACAUACUGCUUUCCAGUAACAUUCCUUCUUGGCUUCUUUCCGCAAAUCAACACUUUUGUUAUAUACUUUUUAGAACAAAUCGACAUGCACUUUUUUGGAGGUACAGCUGCAACUGGGCUCCCAUCUGCUGUGUACUGCAUAGUACGAAGUCUUAUAGCGCUAUCUUUACUCUACGGAUUCUGUCUUGGCGCUUUGAAGGAGCCUUGGGAUGAACAGCAUAUUCCAGCACUUUUCUCUGGUUUCUGUGCCCUGCUAGUGGUCCUAUCCUAUCAUCUUAGUCGACAAAGCAGUGAUCCAUCUGUGUUAUUCUCAUUGAUUAAGUCCAAGCUGAUGCCGUCACUUGGACAUGGUGAGGAAGACGAGGAGGAAAUAUCUGCUGCGAGCACAGACCCUCUUCCAGAGAAACUCAGAGGCUCAGUGAAAGAGAUUUUACUGUCAGAUCUGGUUGUCUGUAUUCUUGCCUCAGUUUUGACCUUUGCAAUAACAGCCAGCACGGUUUUCCUUUCUUUACGGCCAUUUGUGUCCAUAGUGCUGUAUGCAUUAGCAGCCACUGUGGGCUUUGUCACCCACUAUCUCAUCCCUCAGUUACGGAAACACCAUCCCUGGCUGUGGAUCUCUCAUCCUGUGCUGAAGAGUAAGGAGUACUCACAGUUUGAACCCAGAGAGGAUGCUCACUUGAUGUGGUUUGAGCGUCUCUAUGUGGGGCUGUUGACUUUUGAGAAGUAUAUUGUCUACCCAGCCAUUGUCCUCAGUGCACUUACCAACGAUGGCUUCGCCCUCAGCCAUCGAAAGAAAUUAGGAUUACACUGUGAUGUCUUGUUGAUGACAGUUGCUGGGAUGAAGCUUCUUCGUGCCUCCUUCUGCGAUCCCAGCUUCCAGUUCCUCACGCUCAUCUUCACCAUCAUCUUCUUUGAGUUCGACUGCAGCAGUGCUUCUGAGACAUUUCUGCUCAACUUCUUCCUCAUGUCCAUCGUCUUCAACAAGCUUUGGGAUCUUCUCCACAAGCUACACUUCAUUCUGGUGUAUAUCGCCCCCUGGCAGAUAGCAUGGGGUAGUGCAUUUCAUGCAUUUGCACAACCCUUCGCUGUGCCUCACUCUGCCAUGCUGCUGCUGCAGACGUUCGUCACGACGCUCUUCUACACACCGCUCAGCCCGUUCCUCGGGAGCGCCAUUUUUAUCACCUCUUAUCCGCGGCCUGUUAAAUUCUGGGAGAGGAACUACAACACUAAACGAAUUGACAAUUCCAACAGCCGACUGGUGUCUCAGGUAGACAAAGAGACUGGCUGUGAUGACGACAACCUCAACUCAAUCUUCUACGAGUACCUGACGCGCUCCUUGCAGCAUUCUUUAUGUGGAGACCUGAUGUUGGGCCGCUGGGGGAAUUACUGUGCUGGAGAUUGCUUCAUCCUGGCUUCUGACUACCUUAAUGCACUUGUUCACCUCAUCGAAGUUGGCAACGGUCUGGUCACCUUCCAGCUGCGAGGCCUGGAGUUCAGGGGUACUUACUGUCAGCAGCGGGAGGUGGAGGCCAUCACAGAGGGUGUAGAGGAGGAUGAUUCUUGCUGCUGCUGUGAGCCGGGUCAUUUGCCCCAUGUGCUGUCCUGCAAUGCCGCUUUUAACCUCCGUUGGCUGGCCUGGGAGGUGACCACCACUAAGUAUCUGCUGGAGGGCUACAGCAUCAGCGAGAACAACGCUGCCACCAUGCUGCAAGUCUAUGACUUGCGCAAGCUGCUCAUCACUUACUACCUUAAGAGUAUCAUCUACUACCUGGUGAUCAACCCCAAGAUGCAGAUAUGGGUUAAAGACCAGUCCAUUCAGGAAGCCCUGCAGCCAUACACCAAAUGGCAUCACAUCGAGAAGGACCCGGCUGUGUUCAGCAUGAAGAUUGAUGAGGACUAUGUCCACUGUCUGCAGGGGGUCACCAGAGCCAGCUACUGUAACGUCUACCUGCAGUGGAUCCAAUACUGUGCCAACAAACUAGAGGAGCCAGUGGACAGCGAUGAAGAUUCUCCAUUGGUUACUCUGUGUUUCGCGCUAUCUGUUCUUGGACGGAGAUCUCUCAGCACAGCAGCACAUAACAGAUCCAACAGUCUGGAGUCAUUCCUCUAUGGCUUCAACACGCUGUUCAAAGGUGACUUCCGUAUUGCUGCUAAAGAUGAAUGGAUUUUUGCUGACAUGGACCUGCUACAGACGGUGGUGGCCCCAGCUGUGAGAAUGAGUCUGAAACUUCACCAGGACCACUUCACGAGCCUGGAGGAGACAGAGGAGCCUGCCGUGCUUUACGAGGCCAUAAGCAACUACAGAACCAGUCUAGUGAUAUGUCACGAGAGCGACCCCGCCUGGAGAAGAGCAGUACUGUCCAGUCGAGACACACUGCUCACGCUCCGGCACAUGGUAGAUGAAGGCGCAGAUGAGUACAAGAUCAUCAUGCUCUACAAACGACAUCUCAGCUUCAAAGUUAUAAAGAUAAAUAAAGAAUGUGUGCGAGGGCUGUGGGCAGGUCAGCAGCAGGAGCUCAUCUUCCUCCGGAACCGCAAUCCUGAGCGUGGAAGCAUCCAGAACUCAAAGCAGGCUCUGCGAAACAUGAUCAACUCCUCCUGCGACCAGCCCCUGGGUUACCCCAUGUUUGUGUCCCCACUCACCACCUCGUAUAUGGGAACUCACAAGCAGAUCAAAGACAUAUGGGGCGGCCCUCUCAGUUUGGAGAGCAUUCGCACCUGGCUGCUCUCCAGGUGGUUUCGGGUGAGGAAAGAUAACCUUACAAGCUGUAACAGUGGCAUGAACAUGGAGGAUGUGGAUUGUGCUGGUUCCUCCUUAAGUCAGAAUCAUAACUCCGCCACAUCCCAGAGCCUAAGCCUUUAUCAUGGCCGCCCUCGCAGUUCCCAGUCCAGACACCACGGAGCUCACCGAGAGUAUCGCAGUCGCUCAGUGCAACCUCACGGCCAGCGCCCCCCGGUCACCAGUCGAUCGGGUCCCAUCCUGGACAGCCAGCAUGGCUCUGGCUCUGGAGGCCCUGGGCUAGUGCAGCGCCUUUCCAACAGCCAGCUGUCCUUCAACACCUCCUCCAUUGCCUCUGUCUUUUCCCAGGUGCCUCGUUUGUCCACAACAGGGCCUCUGGCUUCAGCCACAGGUCAGCAUCACUCCAGCCAGGUGUCUUCCUCCAGCUCCACACUGAGCCUGCUGUUUGGCAAGCGGAGCUUCUCCAGUGGCCUGGUCAUCUCGGGCCUCUCUGCAGCUGAGGGGGGAAACACCAGCGAUACGCAGUCCUCAAGCUCCGUCAACAUCGUCCUGGGCCCGUCCUGUCGCUCGAGUCGCGCAACGCAGUGGACAUCAGAGGCGUACGAAAGCAUAGAUGCCACAGGACCCAAGGUCCACAGCACAGACAAGAGCCAAGACGACUCCACUUCAACCUUCCACGAGGCUCUGGAGGAGAAGACCAUAUGAGACCACAACCACCAAAUGCCUCAGCCCAGCAUGAUCAAACACCUGAGCCCUCAAGUGAUGUACAUUACAGACGUCUUUUUGGAAAACUAAACAUCUGCCAUCUGUAGAAAUGUAAGUAUCCUAUUAAAGGGAAAAGAAC